UUACUUAAGGUGCUGAAACUGAGCUUGUAUCUGGUGGAUCUGAUAAAAAAGUGAUCAUUUGGAAGACAAAGAAGUUCCAGUGUGUACACAAGGAUAUACUGGAAGGUCACACUGAGGCUGUGUGUGCUGUUCACGCUGUCUAUAGGCCAGCAGAAUCUGGGGAUGACCUUCUUGUGGCAUCUGCUGCUUCUGACUCCACUGUCCGAAUAUGGUUAAGAAGUCAGUCAAAAACUGAAUGUCUCCAAACCUUGUCAUUUGGGAAUGGAUUUGUACAGGGUGUCUGCCUAUCAGUUUUACCCGACACUCGGGUGGCCAUUUUAGCUUGUGGAGGAGAUGACAGCCGGGUCCAUUUGUAUGUUAAACAGGAUGGGCAGUUUCAGAAGACACAAAUACUUCCUGGACAUGAAGAUUGGGUGCGGGGUGUGGAGUUUGCAAUAAAUGGAAAGGAUAUGUAUCUUGCAAGUUGUUCACAGGAUUCCCUUAUCCGUAUUUGGAAGAUAAUUGCCAAGUCUGCUUUAGAACCUGUCAAAAAUGAGCAUGAAUUGAAGGACAACAAUAUCAAGCUGAAGGAGAAUGUAUUUAUAGUCAAGAAGAAGGGUUUAUCCUUUACAUACGCGGUCACAUUAGAGACUGUGCUAGCUGGCCAUGAAAACUCUGUCUAUGCUGUUCAUUGGCAGCCUUCUUUCAGAAAAGAUGGCAGCAUAGUACAGCCGAUGAGCCUGUUAUCAGCAUCCAUGGAUAAAACCAUGAUCCUGUGGGAACCAGAUGAGGAGUCUGGAGUAUGGCUAGAACAGGUCCGUGUUGGAGAAGUUGGAGGCAACACACUGGGAUUUUAUGGAUGCCAAUUUAGCCCCGAGAAGUCAAUGAUUGUUGCUCAUGCGUUUCAUGGAGCUCUUCACAUGUGGCGUCAGAAUUCAUCUACGCAGGAUGAGUGGAUUCCUAUGGUUGUGAUCUCUGGACAUUUCAACAGUGUGCAAGGUUUAAGAUGGGAUCCUGCUGGUGAAUUUAUCAUAACAGUUGGUACAGAUCAGACGACCAGAUUGUUUGCUCCCUGGAAAAGAGAGCAUCAAGCUCAGAUAACCUGGCAUGAAAUUGCACGUCCUCAGAUUCAUGGCUAUGACAUGCAGUGUAUUGCCAUGAUUGGAAGAUUUCAGUUUGUGUCUGGAGCGGAUGAGAAAGUUCUCAGAAUAUUUGCUGCACCAAGGAACUUCAUUGAGAAUUUCAGUAAAAUUUCUAACAUUUCAGUGGAAAGUCUUCUUUCAAAUGAAGACACCAAUCUUCCUGAAGGUGCUACUGUGCCUGCUCUGGGUUUGUCGAAUAAAGCAGUCUUUCAAGGGGAAUUAAGUGGACCUACAGUUCAAGAAGACACAUUUAGUAGCGUUUCUGAUCAGUAUUCUCAGCCUUAUUUUCAGCCCUUUGUCCUGAAAGAACCUCCAACUGAAGAUCAUUUGUUGCAGAACACACUGUGGCCUGAAGUUCAAAAAUUGUAUGGGCAUGGAUAUGAAAUCUUCUCUUUGGCUUGCAAUAGUGUAGGAACAAUUGUUGCCUCUGCUUGUAAGGCUUCCAAAAGAGAACAUGCAGCAAUUAUUUUGUGGAGUACCACAAGCUGGAAGCAGAUCCAGAGCUUGUCUUUUCAUAACCUGACUGUUACUCAGAUGGCAUUUUCUCCUGAUGACAAAUUCCUAUUAGCAGUUUCCAGAGAUAGAAACUGGUCCCUGUGGAGGAAGCAGGAGGAGGGAAUUCCGAUGCAGUCAGAUCCGCAUUUCAUAUUACAAGCCAGCACCAACAAAGAUACAUCUGUACAUAGUCGAAUAAUCUGGUCAUGUGACUGGACUCCAGACAGCAAGUUUUUUGUUACAGGAAGCAGAGACAAGAAGGUUAUCGUGUGGGGUGACUGUCAGGUGUUUGACACUCAGGAUGACCACAGCUGUGCUUCUGUCAAGCCUUGCUCUACUCUUCUCGAUGCGGGAGACUCUGUCACAGCUGUUGGUGUAAACAAAGUACUUGCUUCUCUUGGAAGUUAUAUUAUUGCUGUUGGAUUAGAAUGUGGGAAGAUUCUUCUGUACAAAUGGCAAAGUGGUGUUACAGAAAAUGACUGGACAAAAAGUCAUGAGAUGGAUCAAAGUAGCCUUUGUCACACUCUUACUGUCAAGCAACUCUGUUGGAGAAGCAAACCGGGUCGUGCUGGACAUGAUGAUCUGGACAAUGCUGAGUGGUUGCAGCUGGCAAGCUGUGGAGCAGAUCAUGGCAUUAAGAUAUUCAAUGUUAACAGGAGUAUAUUCUCUUUGUAG